UUCAUAGAAAACAUGUAUUUAAUUUUUUUAAAUAGAAAACUACUUUUUAUUAAGGAAUGGGCCUUCAUUGCUUUUUAGUUGAAGCCAUAGAAACAGAAUUCUAUGAACUUGAGUACAGUGCACGAUGUCAUAGUCAUUGACCUCGAUUGUGAUGCAGCUGUGAUGUCAUCAGAACACCUGUGAAGCAACGUUCUAGAGUUCAACCAUAUCAUUUAGACACUUGAAAGCAUUGCCUAUCACAUUGCUUUCUGCUCUGAACUAUCUUUGAUUUAAUAAUUAUACCAAGUUCUUGCAAUAAUGGACUAUCUCCAAUAUCUGAGCCAGUUUGGGCCCCUCCAUCCCUUCUCAUUGUUGACGAUGGUUCCUAAGGACGUUCUUGCCUCAUGGCUGAUCACACAGAUGACUGGAGGAUCUCCCGUGCCUGGAGUGGCUGCCUACCAGAUCCUGAACCAGUUCCAGCCCAACUCAGCCCCUGCCACCUUCCAGUCAAACUCCAGCUAUGGACAAGACCAGGACGAUUUUAUGGACUGGAAAGAGGGGCCCCAGAUCAACAACAGCAAUCAAGUGCCUUGUCAUCAGGAUGUGGAGCCAAUGGAUGUCGAUGUUGAUCAACAGAUCAACAACAGCAAUCAAGUGCCUUGUCAUCAGGAUGUGGAGCCAAUGGAUGUCGAUGUUGAUCAACAGAUCAACAACAGCAAUCAAGUGCCUUGUCAUCAGGAUGUGGAGCCAAUGGAUGUCGAUGUUGUUGUGGAGGUGAAAGACAACAGCCAAUCAGUAGCCACUUGGCAGGCAACAUUCUGGCCCAGCCAAUCAUCAGCUAAAGGCCAGGGAACAGUCUGGCACAACCAAUCAGCAGCAACUACCAAGACAACAGUCUGGCCCAACCAAUCAGCAGCCACUACCAAGACAAUAGUCUGGCCCAGCCAAUCAGCAACCACUACCAACACGACAGUCUGGCCCAGCCAAUCAGCAGCCGCUACAUUUUGGUCAUCUAGCCAGCAGAAUGCCGCUGCAUUUUGGCCAUCGAGCCAGACAGCCGCUAAACAAUCAUCCACUAGUCAGACAGCUACGAGCCAGACAGCAGUCUCCAACAACCAAUCAGCAGCCUUCACUAAGAGAGAUGGUGGUGAUAAGAGGAGCAGCAGCACUCACCAGGACUCUGACCAGGACUCUGACCACAAGAGAAGGAGGAUGUAAAUGUGAGGGACUCUAAGGGUAGUUUUAACCUAAAAUGGAGGGUCAGUGUCACUGCCAAAAGACUCAGUCCAACACAGAGCAUUCAAUGUGUGGAUCACAGCAUAAGCUGUGGAACCACAAGCUUGACUAUUUUUUAUAGACAAAUAAAUUGCAAACUGAAUUCA